AUGGAAGCUAUUGGAAUCAUAGGGAGUGCUAUUGGGAUUCUGGCUAAAGAUGGAGUUCAGUUAGUUGGCGAAAAGAAGGUCAUUUCCAAACUAGUUGAAACCUCCACAUCAGUUGAGAAGAUGUACAAAAUUUAUGACCAUGUAGCUUGUGCUGUGACAGGAAUCAUGUCUAAUGCCAAUAUUCUUAUCAGCACCGCAAGGCUCCAGUCCACUCUCUAUGUGACACCAAUCAGGGCUACUCACAGUAUGGUGGCCUUCACCCCUUUGCAAUCGGGGGAAACAACCAAGCUGCACAAAGACGACAUCACCAGAGAAGAGGCCGUUCAGCUUGCUAUAAAGGUGCUCAGCAAGACCAUAGACAGCACGAGCCUCAACUUGGAGAAUCUUGAAUUGGCCGAGAUAUUCCUUUCUGCUUGGAAGGUGAAGUUCCAGAUGUGCCCUUGUGAUAAGCUUGACAAGAUGUUGGUAAAGUCGGGAUUAACACAAACUUUUGCAGACGCUUAG